AUGGGCCUUCCCAGGCCUUCCCUCGUCCAUUCACCACCAACCUCGAUGGGCGGCCCAAACCUCGAAGUAUUCAAAUUCGCCCUCUAUCUAUUUGUACCUAUCGCGGCUCUGGUGCAUUUCGGAGACCCUCAAUGGUACAGAGAGAAUGUUUUACCUUAUAAGGAGCGGCUGUUCCCGCCCGAAAGCCGUCUCCUUCAAACUCUACCAAAGGACCAGAGCGCGAUCAGAGAAGAGCUAGCGCGGAUAAAAGCUGAACGCAUGGUACGGCGCGCUGCCAAACAAGCGGAAGAGGAGGCCGACCAGCGAUAA